AUAGUAAUCGUGACAAAAUUUAAGUUACACACUAUUCAUUAUUACGAAUACUGUGGCAACGCUCAUUUAAAAUAAAUAUUUCACAACGCUUUUAAAACUGUCUUGUAAUACAAUAUAAAAUGUAAACAAUGUCAUAUGGAUAUGAGAAGAUUUGUUUUGGCGCCAAUAUAUAAACCAAAAUCGGUGGAGUAUCUGCACUCAACAAAAACAUAACAAUCAGAAGAUGGAUGAAUCUGAUAUAAAAGUUGAAGAAAACGAUACAGGCCUUUACGUACGAACACUGGAAGAUGUAAAAUUGAUAACGAAGCAUGCAAAACUUGAUGAGCGAAGUCUUACUCAAGUAACACAGGCGCUCUACUAUCCAUCAGCCGACAUUUUAGCAGACAACAUUAAACUACUUGAGUUGGAUGAGCAUUUGUUGCAGGAAAUACGUCUUGGUCACAAGCUCAAAUUCAAAGGUGGGCUCAAUGAAGAUGUGGUAUUGUGCACAGAAGAAAAAACUUACGAUAUUAAAGGUGCAGAAAUUUCAAACAGUCUCCUGUUGGUACCGGAUUUAAAAUUUGCCGCCGCAACAAGUACUUGUCCGCUAAAAAGUCCUCGCACGAGAAAUGUUUCAUUGGAGCGAAGCCUAAACAGCAGCACAGAAGAUGAGCCGACUAUAGAACGUGUGCUCGAGCAGCAUAAAAUAUUGCGCAUAUUUCAUGAAUAUUUGGAAUGUCGUGAGAUUCAUCCACGUUUUCGCAAAAUGGGAGAACUACUGCAAUUGACACGGUUUUCGGGUCCGGAGAAUGAAGAGUAUAUAGAACAGAAACUGCUGUUCAGCUAUGAGCAACUCUUAGACACAAUACAGUGUAGCGAGAAGCAAUUUACAGAGGGUCUAAGAAUUUAUAGAGUCGUCGAGUACAACGGCUAUAUGCGAGUGUUGGAGUGUGAUUACGAGUUUCGUAUUGUGAACCUUAUGGUGAAUCUAAUAGAGGAAAACUCGUGGUCAUUAGAUGAAAUUGAAAGGGAUGAAACGAUUGAAGCUUUGAACGGUAUUGCACCGAGACAGAUUGUUGAGGGUUUAUUUAAUUUAUACACGACACCAACUACAGAUAAGCCAGGCAAAUACACAUACAUUGAAGAACUGGUAGCUCGUAUUGUAGCGCAAAAUAUAUUAAGGCCUGGUCUCAAGUUUCGCUUAGAAGAAUUUCUUAGUGCAUGGCAAGAAGCCUUGCCGGAUGGCAUCAAAUGUGAUAAAAAAUAUCUCAGAGCCUUGGGUAUAAUCUGUCGCGAGGGUGUCACAACGAGUGUCCGCUCACUUGUGGAAGAAAUUUUACCUACAAACAUACACGACCGCUUAAAAAUUUUGUUUAAAACUAAAACCAAAUGGACACUUGAUGAAAUUGAACCGUAUAUGGAGUUCUUCACUACUCCCACACUGACCGUUACUACAUUAUUGGCCAAGUAUGCGCGAUCACUGAUGGAAAAAGGAAUACGUCACUACGUGUCGAAGCACUAAACUGGAAACAGUGUAGAAUUUUCUUUGUUUGGACAUACUUUUUAUUUACAACUAAUUUAUUAUUUUUU